AUGGUCAUCAUACCGUCUCCACAACGCGGAGAACUGCUCACAGCCAACCGGAUCCACAGUCAGGCAGGUUGUGUGGAUUUCCAUGGACUGGAACCCACGGAUGAUAAGCCAUCGGGCACUGGCAUGUGCUUCUACAAUCAAAAGAGAUUUGCCUGCGGAGACUGGAGCUGGACCAGCUUUGCUCACCGAUGCAACUAUGAGUACCGCACUGGCGAAACGUGCGGUAUGAGACUUGUCAACAUGACCGAAAAUGAGAAGAGUAACUGCCGGCUCUGCGAGAAAAUCGAGACCAAAUAUCGACGACGAAGCGCCGAGGUCGAACGUUUAGACCGGUGGAAACGAGAGGGUGCCACCCUGGUAGCCUCGAUGGAUCGGUCUCACAAAAUGAUCAUGGACCUAGAGAAAGAGAUCCGCACCCUGCAACGGGAACGGGAUGACCGAAGGAGCACUCUGCUCAGAUAG